AUUACGGAAAAUUGUGGUACUGGUACAGUCUUUUUGGUGGAAGAAUCUAAAUAAGUACCUUUUGAAAAUUUGGACAGACAUUCAAAGGCAAAAAUGCGACCAAUGCGUAUUUUUGUGAACGAUGACCGCCACGUGAUGGCAAAACAUUCAGCCGUCUACCCAACUCAAGAAGAGCUGGAAGCAGUUCAGAAUAUGGUGUCCCAUACAGAACGGGCCCUCAAAGCUGUUUCUGACUGGAUAGAUGAACAGGAAAAAGUCAGUGGGGAGCAGCCAGAACAGGAGGCCAUGGAGUCAGCAGCUGAAGAGGAAAACAAAGAAGGAGGGGAUCAGAAGGCUACAGAACAGUUGACUAGGACCCUUCGUGGAGUGAUGCGUGUAGGGCUUGUAGCAAAAGGCCUGUUACUGAAGGGAGACUUGGAUCUUGAGCUAGUUCUUUUGUGCAAAGAUAAGCCCACAACAGAUCUCCUGGAGAAAGUAGCUGACAAUCUUGGAGUACAGCUUGCUGCUAUUACUGAAGACAAAUAUGAAAUAAUCCAGUCAGUUGGCGAUGCUGCAAUUGUAAUUAAGAAUACAAAAGAGCCUUCAUUGACACUGACCAUCCAUUUGACGUCACCUGUUGUCAGAGAAGAAAUGGAAAAACAGUUAGCUGGAGAAACGCUAUCAGUCAACGACUCCCCGGACGUUCUGGACAGGCAGAAAUGCCUUGCUGCCUUGGCGUCACUCCGACACGCCAAGUGGUUCCAGGCCAGGGCUAACGGUCUGAAGUCGUGCGUCAUAGUCAUCCGGGUUUUGAGAGAUCUGUGUACUCGGGUUCCUACUUGGGCACCACUAAGAGGAUGGCCUCUAGAGCUACUGUGUGAAAAAUCUAUUGGAACUGCUAAUAGACCAAUGGGAGCUGGCGAGGCUCUGAGGAGAGUUCUCGAAUGCCUUGCAUCAGGAAUCGUUAUGCCAGAUGGUUCUGGUAUUUAUGAUCCUUGUGAAAAAGAAGCCACUGAUGCUAUUGGGCAUCUAGACAGACAACAAAGGGAAGAUAUCACACAGAGUGCUCAGCAUGCUCUGAGACUUGCUGCUUUUGGCCAGCUUCACAAGGUCUUGGGGAUGGAUCCCCUGCCUUCCAAAAUGCCCAAGAAACCAAAGAAUGAAAACCCUGUUGACUACACUGUCCAGAUUCCUCCCAGUACAACAUAUGCUGUUACCCCAAUGAAGCGUCCUAUGGAGGAGGAUGGAGAGGAGAAGUCUCCCAGCAAAAAGAAAAAGAAGAUUCAGAAAAAAGAGGAAAAACUCGAACCUCCCCAGGCCAUGAAUGCACUGAUGAAACUAAACCAGCUAAAACCUGGGCUUCAGUACAAACUUGUGUCUCAGACUGGUCCUGUUCAUGCUCCUAUCUUUACAAUGUCUGUGGAAAUUGAUGGCAGCACAUUUGAGGCAUCAGGACCUUCCAAAAAGACAGCCAAAUUGCAUGUGGCAGUGAAGGUGUUGCAAGAUAUGGGUUUACCCACAGGAGUGGAAGGCAAAGAGUCUGUAAAGGGAGAUGAAUCAGCAGAGGAAACGGAACAGAAACCGGUUGUUGUUGCUCCUCCUCCUGUAGUGGAAACAGUCUCUACACCCAGUGCUGCUUCUCCUCCUUCGGAUCAGACCUCAGAGAACGUGAAACAACAGGGACCAAUUCUGACAAAGCAUGGCAAGAAUCCUGUGAUGGAACUAAAUGAGAAGAGGCGUGGGCUGAAAUACGAACUGAUUUCAGAAACAGGUGGCAGUCAUGACAAGCGCUUUGUCAUGGAGGUGGAGGUUGAUGGGCAGAAAUUUCAAGGAGCCGGUUCAAAUAAAAAGGUGGCAAAAGCCUAUGCUGCUCUGGCUGCGUUAGAGAAGUUGUUUCCAGAUGCUCCUGUUGCCAUUGAGCAAAAUAAGAAGAAAAGAGCCCCUGUGCCUGCCAGGGGAGGCCCCAAGUUUGCAGUGAAACAGCAUAAUCCAGGUUUCGGAAUGGGAGGCCCCAUGCACAACGAAGUGCCCCCUCCGCCCAAUAUGCGUGGUCGUGGAAGAGGUGGCAAUAUCCGAGGCCGUGGGAGAGGCAGGGGUGGAUUCGGUGGCAAUCACGGUGGCUACAUGAAUGCAGGUGCUGGAUACGGAAGCUAUGGUUAUGGAGGAAAUUCUGCAACAGCAGGCUAUAGUGACUUUUUCACAGACUGCUACGGCUAUCAUGAUUUUGGGUCUUCCUAGAUCAUCUAAAAGUAUUGCACAAAAAACAGCUUUUUACUCCAAUUUUCUCGAACUCCAAAACCCAAAGUGUUCGUGCUGUGUCCCUGUGCUUCACUGGGUUUCUCAACAGUGGCUUUUCACCGCAGCUUGUCUGAAACUCUUAUUAGCCUGCAGAACUUAAGACAGUGGCAGUUUUUAUUGUGAUUUGCCUUUGAACUUGGUUGUAUCGAUGUACACAACAGGGGGAACUAAUUAUCAAAGAAUGUUUUUGUGCAGUUUGCACAAGUCUCAAAGCCAGCUCUGUUCAGCAUAAAGGCAAAAAGCCCAUCUUUGCUUUUUAUGGAAAGCAUUACUUUAUUUUUAAGAAACAGAUACUGAAGUGUUUUAAUCUACCUUUGUCUUAAUUUACGGCAGGUUUUGUACAAAAUUUGAGCCUUUUAAUAAAUCCCAGAAAUUGGGUAAAUGCCUCUGAUAUUGGGAAGACUUUUCAACAUCUCUGAAUAUAGUACAGCCCAGCUUUUUAAGCAUGCAAAAUGUUGACUUGUAUGUGGAAUCGUAUGUGCUAAAAUUAAUCCUACAUCCGUUGUAACAUGCUGGUGGAUUAACGCUGAGGGAUGUGACUUAUUGUGGCUGGUAGCUAGUGUACUUUCAAAGGUAUUGUAAUUGUGCUUCCGAUACUGAUACAAUAAAUAUCCAGGCAUUAGGAGUUAAUGUAAAAAUGUUAGUCUUGAUAACUUCUGAAAAUGCAUGGAUUCAUUCGUUAAAUGAAAAUGAGCUUUUUUUGAGCCAAGCAUAAAGGACCUAAAGCACUUCAGCAAACUUCCAGUGGCUGUGGACUCGGCAGCCUCGUUGUUCAGGCUGUCCAGUGCGUACCUAUUAUAAAACGCACAUCACCCUACAAGUAUUUUAUAAGCUGGAGAAAUAAUUUCACUGGAACUUGAAAUUGCAGGGAACUUGAAAUUGGCCAUUUGAGACACUAGUCUCUGAUUAAAUUUAAAGUGUUCGGUCCUUUAUUCUUGCUAUAGUAUUUGUUUUAAAACUGUAUUUUGUUUGUCACUGUUUUUAGCUGCAAAGCCUGCACCAUUGCAUUAAUUUAACUUGUGAGGCUCAACAACAUUUGAGUUAACUCAGUAACUAAACUAGUUUAAAAAAAAAAAAAAAGAAAGAAAAAAUCUUUAACC